AUGAGCUACACUCUCUACGACGGAUCCAUCGCACAGGCCAAGGCCUCCGUUUCUGCCAUGAUCCACCUUCUCGAUCUGGCCGCCAAGCAACCCAACGCCGAUGCCCUCCUCAAUGCCUCCCUCCACCCCGACAUGAAGCCCUUGACCUUCCAGGUCUUCCUUGUCGAGUGGCUCACCGGAUCUAUGCUGGCCAAGUUGACCGGUCGCGAGGCUGCCAGUGUCGAGAACAACAUCACCACAUACGCUCAGGCCAAUGAGCGCCUGGAGGCAUUGCUCAAGGGACUCAAGGAGGCUGACAAGGCCGUUGUCAACAGCCACGGUGACGAUGUCGCUCCCGUCAAGCUUGGCCCCGUUGACCUGGGUGAGAUGACUGCGGCGCAACACGCCACUAACGUUGUCAUGCCCAACGUUUUCUUCCACGUUACCACUGCCUACGGUAUCUUGCGAAAGGAGGGAUUGCCUCUGGGCAAGUCGGACUACCUUGCUCCUUUCAUCUCUGCUUCGGCUUAG